ACGGGCGCAGAUCACGUGAUCUACAUGGUUACCGGCGGCAAAGGCCGAGUGACAUAAAAUGGCGGCGGGCAGGACCAGGGUGGCGUUGAAGACGGUGAAAGAUAUCAGCGUACAGUUUUGUCCUUUCCAAUCCAAUGUCCGAAGCGCCAGAGAAUUUCUUGCGGCAAUAGGAACCAAAAAGGCUCGUCAAACAAACUCCAACUGUCGGAUUGUAGCUGAUGUAAAGCAUGAUGAGACAGAGCCUGUAAUAUCUAUAAAAUUCAAUGAUGGAGAAAGCUUGAUAAUGAAGGCAGCAAACUUGACAACCAAAGAGAUGCUAUCAUUUUUCGAUGAGAUAUGUGUGGCCAAGGACCCUCGGGCACAAGAAACUGGAUCCAAAAAAAGCUGAUUUAUGUUACAAUGAACAUUCCUGCUAACGUGUUCACUGACAAUUCUAACCUGGGAAAGUGCUGAAUGACGACUGACUUGUUUAAUUAGAUGUAUUGAUCACCUACAAUGUACAGAACAGUCUAGUAUUAUGAAACUCUCAGUUCAUCAUUCAACAUACUUCUGAGUCAUGAUUUUAGAAUCUAUGUCCUCCAGAGCUGAGUUCAAUAAAAUUUGGAUUAAUGAAGAAA